UCUUUCUUCCGGAUUCCCAUAGUCUGGUCUGCGCUUUAUCGACGGCCACGCCGCCCCAUUCACCGGUAAAAUCUCGGCUUCCUAACCGGCGACUCAAAGGCAAGAGUUUCCGGUCGCUGCAAAUUACGGCAAUUUGUGGCUCGCGGAUCCGAUUUUCCUGCUGCUGAUGGCUAGUGGUACUCGUUUAGCACGUAUGAAGAUGCUCGAGGAUGACAGCGCCUCGAAGCGUAGAACUAGAAAGCUUGUUAAGUUAAGUUCGCUUUCUCCUUCACAGAAGAAGCUGGGAAGCACAGGAAAGAAAAUACCUGAAAGCCCUGUUAGGAGAUCAGUAAGAACAGAACGAGUUGAAUCUUCAAGUACUAGUUCAAAUUCUAAAAGUCCUGUUAAGAGAUCAGUAAGAACAGAGCGAGUUGAAUCUACAAAUACUAGUACAAAUUCCAGAAAAUGUUCAAAUCCAAUCACGUCUAAGAAUAGAAAGGUGGAUGAAAAUAUAGGCCCUUCAAGCUCUUCGGAUAAAGCUAAGAAGAUUACAAGCCCUCAAACUAAGAAGAGAAAAGUGGCUGGCCAGAGUGUCUCUUCAAAUGCCAGAGAUUUCACUGGGAGUGCAAGCCCGCAAGAUAAAAAGAGAAAGAUGAGUGGAAAAGAUAUUGUUUUAGGAGCAAAUGAUAUGAAGAGUGACGAAAGCGGUAAGAUGAAGACAAUCCGAAAACAUUUGCAUGUUAGGACUUAUAAGAAAUUGGUCAAAAGACAGACAAGUAAAUGUGUAGGCGGAGGUGGCAGUGAUUUGUGCCUUCAAGAAGACAGUCCGCUUCAAAUGUUUCUCUCUGAUUUAGGUGCCAAUAUAUCCAAUAAACAGGAGUGCGGAGACGGUAAAAGGAAUUUACAGGAUGAUGGAGAUACAGGUGCAGAGACUGUAGAGCCACUGGACAGAGAAGUUUUAACAAAAACAGGGUCACCGGCUUCUGAUUUCGAUACCCAUGCUCCUUGUGAUGAACUUCGUCAAGAUAAUUUGACAAAGUCUAGUAUUAAAUAUAAAAAAAGGGUUCCCUGUGGCACAUCAGUGGAAUCACCUGGAAAAGAUAUGCAGCUUCAUGAAAUUUGUGUGGUGAAUGGAGAAUCUUCUUCUCCCAUUAUAGAGGAACAUGGUGUCAGUGAUAGUGAAGUUCGAUAUGAUGAUUCCACCGAGAAAAACAGUAAUAUUGAUUUGAAAGAAUGUUCGUUUCAUUCUCAGUUUGUCGUUGCUCUUAUUCCAGAUAUAUGUUUGGUUUGCAAACAACCUGGACAACUCAUGUCUUGUUUUGGAAGAGGUUGCAAACGAAGUUAUCAUGUAUCUUGUUUGGAUCGGCUGUUGCCAGGUGCUUGGCUGUGUAACUUUUGUGUGAAAAAGAAAUUGGAAUCAGAUGUGUACUCUAUUUCUGAAGGAAUAGAGUCUGUUUGGGACGUGGACAAAGGAGUGCAGAAUGGAAAGCGUUACUUUGUGAAAUACAAAGGCCUUUCUCAUUCCCAUAAUCGUUGGAUUCCAGAAAGCGAGCUGCUUCAUGAAGCUCCUUCACUUAUAGCCAAAUUCAGAAAGAAAGGCCAGAAGGAGGUAACAAAGUGGCGACAAGAAUGGACUGAGCCUGAACGUUUGUUGCAGAAAAAUUUAGUAGUACUUCCAGAAACUUCUUAUGAUUGUACAUUAGGGCCUUCCACAGAGUCUUCAAAUUGCUGCAUUGAGUGGUUUGUGAAAUGGAAAGGGCUCGAGUAUGACCAAGCUACAUGGGAGUUGGAAAAGUCGUUACUACUAGGAUCGUCUGAGGCUCCAAGGCUGGUGGAAGAAUAUGAACAUCGUCGUGAGCAGGCCAAGAGCUUACAUCAUCUGUUGAGACGUCAGAAGGUUCUAAAGGUAAAGAAAGAUCCUUUUUACCGACUAACUGAGCUGCCUGAGGGGUGUCCUACUGAACUUGGUAGUGAUCUGUUAGGCUCACUUAACCGCCUUCGAGAAUUUUGGCACAAGUCUGUAAAUGCUGUGCUUAUUGAUGAUCAGGAACGUUUCACAAAAUCAAUCUUAUUUGUUCUUUCUUUGCAAUGCUUUGCAUGCCAACCUUCUCUUGUUAUCGCAACAUCAGGUUCUCUUCCACUAUGGCAAGCUGAGUUUCGUCGUUUGGCACCAUCACUUAAUGUAAUAAUGUAUGGGGGCGACAAAGAUGUUCGGAAGAUGAUUAGGAAUGUUGAAUUUUAUGAGGAAAGUGGUUGCUUAAUGUUUCAGGUGCUUUUGGCAGAUCAUGAGGCUAUUAUUGAAGACUUUGAAGAUAUAAAUUGCAUUGACUGGGAUGUUGUGAUCAUUGAUAAAUGUCAGAAUUCGAAGAUGUUUAGAUAUCUUGAACAACUAAAAAGUCUGAAUGCGGAUUUUAAACUUCUUCCUUUUAACCUUCAAAUGAAGGAUAACCUUUCUGAUUACCGUAUCUUGCUUUCCUUCCUCCUCAAAGGGGGAACAGUUGAUGAUGAUUUGGCUGCCCUGAAGGCUGAUGAUAAUGAAGCUCCUGGUGCACUUGCUGCUGUGAAAGAGAAGUUGGCACAUCAUAUUGUUUAUGAACGAAAACCUGACUCAUCUAGCUUUGUGGAGUACUGGGUCCCUGUUCCAUUUUCUAACGUUCAAUUGGAGCAAUAUUGUGCAACUCUUCUUUCAAAUUCUAAUGUUCUUCGUUCAAUGUCAAAAUCUGAUGUUGUAGGAGCUCUUCACAGUAUUCUCGUUGCUACCCGAAAGUGCUGUGAUCAUCCCUAUCUUGUUGACGGAGAACUACGGUGUUUGCUAAUUAAAGGACUCCAAAGUGCUGAAUUUCUAAAUGCUGAAGUGCGUGCAAGUGGUAAAUUGUUCCUGCUAGAUAAGGUUCUUCAGGAGAUGAAGAGUCGUGGAUUAAGGGUGGUCAUUCUUUUUCAGUCUCUAGGUGGCCCUGGAAAAUUUUCUCUCGGUGAUAUUUUAGAUGAUUUUCUUCAACAAAGAUUUGGUGUAGAUUCAUAUGAGCGUAUUGAAACUGGACUGGUUAUGGCGAAGAAGGUGGCUGCUCUAAAAAUGUUUAACAACAAGGAAAGUGGUAGAUUUGUAUUUCUGAUCGAAAAGCGUGCGUGCCUACCUAGUGUUAAGCUCCAUUUUGUUGAUGCCGUCAUCUUAUUUGAUAGUGACUGGAAUCCAUUGAAUGAUCUAAGAUCUCUGCAGAAAAUAAGUAUAGAAUCACAACAUAAUUGCAUCAAGGUAUUUCGUCUUUAUACAGCUUUUACAGUGGAAGAGAGACUUCUUAUGUUUGCAAAACAAAGUACUUUUAUUGAUAGUAAUGUUGAAAGCAUAAGUCGAAAUAUUACACAGUCAUUGCUUGGUUGGGGCGCCUCUUAUCUAUUUCGGAAACUUGAUCAGUUCCACUCGAGCUCCACCACAGCUUGUAUUUCUGAACCUUCAUUUGACAAGCUACGUUUGAAUGAUGUUAUUUUGGAAAUACUAUCUGAGUUCCCUGAAAUAGUUGAAAUCUCCAGAAUUGUCCCUCGCUCGAUUGUCAUGAAGGCACAACAAAGUGGCGCAGGAUACACUGGAAAUAUUAUCUUGGUUGGUGAGAAGGAAGCGAACUCCUUACCUGAUAAAGAUAUGCCCUGUUUCUGGUCAGGGUUGUUGGAAGCUAGAUAUCGUCGAUGGAUACACAUAUGUGACCGUACACAAAGGAUUCGCAGGAAGGUUCACAAUUUUGAUGGAUUUAUAAAGAGGAAUGAGACCGACAGUGAAAUGAAGAAGCGUCGUAAAAUCAACAUUGUGGAUCCAGUCACAUCAUCAGAAUUUUCUCAGAAGAGUGUUUCAUCCAAAGAUGGAUUUCACAAUUCUACUGAUACAUCAGACGCCCAGAAAUCUCAUAUUGUUGAAUCUGAAGAGAGGGAACCAAAGCUUGAAGAACAGAGAAGUCUUCUUAGAUUACUUAGACCAGAGUUAUCAAAACUCUGUGACAUUCUUGGCUUACCGGCAUCUGUAGAAGGCAAGGCUCAAGAGUUUCUUGAUUAUAUUAUGAAUAAUCAUGACGUAUGUUCGAAACAGGUGACAGUAUUGCAAGCUUUGAAGAUCUCUCUGUGUUGGCGAGCUGCGUCUAUGUCAAGGCACAGGUUGGAUCGAAUUGAAUCUCUUGCAAUUGCUAGAAAUCAUUUGAAAUAUGAAUGUACUGCAGAGGAAGUGUAUUCUGUCUACUCAAGAUUGCGGAUUCUGAAAGAAAAAUUUUCUUGUCCGGCAAGAGAACUAGAUAACUCGGUAGGAGUUACUCUUGAAAAUCAAUCAUCUGGUUUGAAAAAAGUAUACUCUGGAAGAAAAUCUCAACCUGGGAAUGAUACCGAACUAACAGUUUCUGAAACUUCAGGUUUAAUUAUGACUGGGGGUGCUCCUGCUGAUCUCAAAUUUUCUGAAAAUAUAAUCACACCAAAGCAGGGCCAUCUGAACAAGGGAACCCCUUUAGGGUCUCAGCUGAACGGUGAAUUUGCUAAAGAUGAACUUUUGAAAAAUCUAAUUGAUGUUAUUGAGAAAGUUUCUAUAAAGAGAGCAGAAGAUCUCUCCCACAAGCACCAAGCUGAAGUAUUACAUUUUGAAAAACAAAUGUUUGAGGAGAGAGUGCAAUUGGAAGGGGCACACGCUCUUGAUUUGAAAUUUGUUCGCUCAAUACACGUUGACUUGACUGUUAUAAAUGGCAAGAUAAACUUGUUAACCCAAGAGUUUUCUUCUAAAAUGGGCAGGUUCUGUCAGCACCUUAAACAGCAGAAGGCAAAACUGUUGUCCAUGCAGCUGGAUAUUCGGAGCAAAGAGCAAGAGUUGAAGCAUAGUUGGUUGGUGAAGGCUAAAACCAGUCAGUUGGAGGAAUCUUUCGAUAACCUUCCUCUACUAGAAACUGGAUUCCGGAUUGAAAAUUUUAAAGAAACAAGUAAAUAUUUGGGUAAUGGCUCUGAAUUUGGAACCAUUAUACUUAAUUCUUCACACCCUUCUAAUGGGACUAACGUCGAAUUGCUUAAAGCGCCUACGGGUGAAUCUAUUGAAUCAGAAGAAUAUUGUCAUGAAGUUGCAUCAAAUAUUUCAAGCGGAAGUUUGGGAAAUGUUACAUUGUCGGAUGAAGCCUUGACUUUCCAAUCUGGGAUGAGUAAAGAUAUGAGACCUAUUAAGCAUGGCGGAUCAUCUGUAGAAUCAUCAACUCUUCCUGGAUUGGCAAGUGUGCUGCCCAUGAAUGCUGAGAAUCAAACUCCUCAAAUGGAAGUCAUGAACCAAUGUGGUAGCAGACAGACUGAGUCUGACUUGGUUGAUGAAUCAAUAAUGUCAACUGCCAUUAAUGCUGGGAAUGAAGAAGGUAGAAAUAAUUUAAAUUUUCUACACUUGCUUCCUAACUCAAGUUUAACCCAGGGACUUAUUCUUUCUUCUGUUCAAGGGCUGGCAAGUUCUAAGACUGCAAAUACUUUUUCUUCUGUUCAGGAAUUUCUUACCAACGAACAUGGCAGAGGUGUUGUGGCUGAUGCUUCAGGUUCAAAUCCAGUUGUUUCCCUGAUGACGCGUUGCAAUGAUGCAGCACCCUUAAGUUCUACCACUUGUCAGCUGGCUAUAGCUGACAAUGAACUCGAUAGGCUCUCACCUGUUCGAUGCCAAGGGGUACUUUCUUCGGGACCAUUUUGUUCUAUUGAGCAGACCGGAGUUUCAGCACAACAAACAAUAGAGGAGCCUCCCAUCCUUCAGAUCCCAGAGAGUACAGUGCAUCCCCAGCGGCUUCAAGAUUUUUUUUCAGAAAGAAUACCCUCCAUGAAUCUUAGAGGGACGGGUAUUCAACAAGUAGUUGGUUCUGCUGAUUCACUUUCUUCUACCGUACAUACCAUAGUUCCAGCUCAACAUAGAAUUUUGGAUGUAGUUGCGGAAACCGGUCCCUCUAAUCACAAUAUCACUGAUAAUACCCUUAAUCCAUCAACCUCUCUGGAAGAUGUGCCGUCAGAAAGAGCAACCUCUGAACACCUAAGAAGCACUGGUGUUCAACUAGAUCAAGGAAACCAAUUAUUUCCAAAUUUUAUGUCAGCAAGCUGGGCACCCGCUCAAGCAGUUUUUGCAGAUCCAUUUCAGAAUGAAUUGUUCAGAAUUCGAAAGCAAAAUGAUUCAUGUAGCAAGAGGCAUGAAGAUAAGAAAGUACGACUCCAGGUUGAGUUUGAACGAGAAAUAGAGAAGUUGAGAAGGAAAUAUGAUUCUCUACUUCAGGAUGCUGAGAGGGAACAUCUUCGUGACAAAAAGAUGUUUCAGGCAAUUUAUGAUAAGGUUCUCUUGCAUAAAGUGUUUGCCGAAGAAGUUCGGUUUAAAUUUUAUGAUCACAAAGAAGGGAUGUCAACCCCAUUUCGAGGUCCAAGCCUGAAUCUAUCGCAGCAGCUUCAGACAACACUAACACCAUCACAACCUCAACUUCCCUUCAGAUCAUCCUCAAUGCCCCCUUCCAUACCAACCUCAACUACUUCUCAUCCUGCACCAAUAAACAUAAAUCAGGAUUCAACAUCGCCUCUCCCUACUUCCAUCAGACCCAGAACUCGUAUGCCAUCUUCAUCUCCAAACCAUCUCACCGGAUCAUCCAGCCAUGCCUCCCCAGUCUUCUUGAGCACUGCAACCCGAGGGACUCCACCCCGAGCAAGCCUGCAAGUUGGCCGCUCGCCCGCUCCUCAUCUCCAGCGCUUUAGGCCCAAUUCGUCGAUUCCCACUUCAAGCAUUCCACAUACUCCAUCUACUAAUCAGCAGUCCUUGCCAGCUUGCCAAGUUUCGACCUCAUCGCCGUCGGUGGAUUUGGGUUCCAUAUUGCCGCCAGCACUAAUCUCAACGCAGCCAUCCAUUCCUCAAUCUUGUUUGAACUCGCAGCCUGCGAAUUCUAGGCCUUCACCCCCCUUUUCCAGCUCACCUGUAGAUCAGUCAACCCAAGAUAUGGAAGCCGACUUGUUAGAAUCAUUGCUGUUAAACCUACCUGCAAUGAGUAAUGAAUUCCCUACCUCAAGUGCGGUUGAUUCGAGGCCUAAUGCCUCGCCGGACAUUAUCAUCUGCUUAUCAGAUGAUGACUAAUUUACAGUGCAGAGGAAGAAUGCAGGAUGGCGUGUGUUACUGUAUAUAUAUAUAUAUAUAUAUAUUUUUUGAAGUGUUCUUCACUUGUUUAGGAGAAGCAUCGCCAGGCCGGAGUUCUAAGAGAUAUGACUAACAAAGAGUUUGAACCGUGCCAGCAAUCUUAGAGAGGUUAAGAUGGUCUGGUUAGUGGUCUGAGUUGUUGCUUAGAAAGCCCUGUUUUCUGAGGUUUCAUUUUUGUAUAUCAGAAAUACUGAGCAUGAAAAUUUGUUGUAAAUCUCUUUUCCAUUAUUUUAUUACAAAUGGCUAUAAUAUUCGGAAUUCUUUUCUUUUUUUUUUCUAAGUU